GGAAUUUUAGGGUUAUAGAAAUUAACUUCAUACACACGUCUUCUUAUCACCAUUCCUCAUCAGAUCUCAUUCUCGCUCUCACACACUCAUACAUAGGUCUUCAUCACUCUGUUUCAGAUCUAGAUCUACAAUUGAUUCGGUUUUGAUGGUCGUUGACCAUUGGUCGAUGAGCGGUUCCUCCCCUUCUUUCAUCGUCGGUUCAACGGAGGAUAACGACCACGAAGAUAAAUUGUGCUAACCAUCGGCCAUCUCAACCCCACCAUCGCAACGCUACCACCAAAUCUGAAGCCGCAUGAAGACAGGAAGAUAGGAAGACUGCUCUGAGCCCUAAGAAAUGAUGGACACGGUGAAAAAGGUAGCAAAGUUGCAUAUUGAAUUGACUAUUGAGGAGAGGAAUAUGUUCUCAGUUGGAUACAAGAAUAUUCUUGGUGGGAUCACGAAGGGCAUCAUGGAGGAUUUUACCUUCAAUUGAGAAAAAAGAGGAAUCCAAAGGCAAUAAAGUGAGUGUUAAAAGGAUUAAGGAAUACAGACAGGAGGUGGAAACAGAGUUUUCCAACGUUUAUGGUGAUAUCAUGACUAUGAUUGAUGAGCAUCUCAUUCCAUCUUCAUCUGUUGGACAAUCCACUAUUUUUUACUACAAAAUGAAAGGAGACUACUAUAGGUAUCCUGUAGAGUUCAAGUAUGGUAAUGAUAAAAAAGUGGCACCUGAUCAGUCAAGUCGCUGGAGGCUUUUCAAACGAAUUUAUCUCCUACUCAUCCUAUCUAAUUGGGUUUGGCUUUGA